AGUGCCUCAGACCCCCCCAGGCACUGGGGAGAACUGUAUAAAAGGACCUGUGUGCAGUCCAGUUCCAACUCCUCCUGCAGAUUCUCCUCCAUAUCAGAAUCACCUCUCUGCCGAGCCAUGUCCUGUUACGACUUGUGCCCCACCACCAGCAGCAUCGCCUGCCCACAGCCCAUUGCCAACAGCUGCAAUGAUGUCUGCGUCCGGCAAUGCCCCGACUCAACAGCCCUCAUCCAGCCACCGCCCGUCGUCGUCACCUUCCCCGGCCCCAUCCUCAGUUCCUUCCCCCAGCAAGCUGUGGUGGGAUCCUCUGGAGCACCCGCCUUUGGGGGCUCCCUGGGGCUGGGGGGCCUCUAUGGCGCCAGGAGCUCUUAUGGCAUCGGGAGCUCCUUGGGAUACGGAGCGCAGUACGGCUAUGGGAGCUCAGCCCUCUCCACGCUCGGCAGUGGGUUCUGCAGCCCCUUCUCCUCUCGUCGCUACAGCCGGAUCCUAAGGGGCAGCUGUGGGCCCUGCUAA